AGAGAAAUCAGACAUGGAGCUGCUGCUGCCGAUCCUUCUUGGCUUUCUGGCCGCUCUGAUUGGAGGACUGUACCUUCUCGGGGUGUUUCGACAGCGGCUACCGGGAGAACCCCCUUUGGAUAAGGGGCUCAUUCCUUGGCUGGGUCAUGUCUUAGAGUUUCGCAGGAACACACUGAAGUUCUUAGAGAGGAUGAAGCAAAAGCACGGCGAUGUGUUCACAAUACAGCUGGGAGGGUUUUACAUUACGUUCCUUCAGGACCCGCUGUCGUUUGGAUCAGUUGUUAAGGAGAGUCGAGAAAAACUGGACUUCAGCAAGUUUGCUAGGCAUUUAGUGCGCAAAGUGUUUGGCUAUGCAGCUGUUGAGGGCGACCACGCUAUUCUCCACAUGUCCAGCAACAAGCACCUCAAGGGGGAUGGCCUGGAGGUGAUGACACAAGCAAUGAUGAGCAAUUUGCAGAACCUCAUGUUACACAACAUCGGCUCCGCUGCAGAACAAAGCACGUGGAUUGAGGAUGGACUGUUUAUGUACAGCUACAAUAUUGUUUUUAGGGCUGGCUACUUAUCUCUGUACGGCAAUGAGCCACACAAGUCAGAAGCAAGUGAGGAGAAAGACAGAGUUGAAUCAGAAGCCUUAUUUUACGAGUUUCGUAAAUAUGAUCAACUCUUUCCCAACCUGGCUUAUGGGGUCCUGCUACCAAAGAAAAGGUUGGAAGCAGAGAGGCUAAUGGGAUUCUUCUGGAACAGUCUGUCAGUGCCGAAGAUGAAGAAGAAAGACAACAUCAGUCGCUGGAUUUGGGACAUCCAGCAGGCCAAAGAGGAGAUGGGAAUGGAGGAGUCGAUGAUCAACAAGUACAUGUUUGUGCUUCUUUGGGCCUCUCAGGGCAACACAGGGCCUUCUUCAUUCUGGCUGCUCCUCUUCCUCAUGAAACACCCAGAGGCCAUGAAAGCAGUGAAGGGAGAGGUUGAUAAGCUUCUAAAGGAGUUCGGACAAGAAGUCCAACGCGGUGGCCCUUUAGUCAACCUGACCCGUGAAAUGCUGAUGAAAACGCCGAUCCUGGACAGUGCUGUAGAAGAGACCCUCCGCCUCACUGCUGCACCUCUCCUCACCAGAGCAGUGCUUCAGGAUAUGACGCUCAAGAUGGCUGACGGGCGUGAAUACUUCAUACGCAAGGGUGACAGAAUGGCAGUCUUUCCUUACAGUGCAGUUCACAUUGACCCAGAGAUCCACCCUGAUCCACAGUCGUUCAAAUAUGACCGCUUUCUCAAUCCAGACGGGAGCAAGAAAACCGAUUUUUACAAAGCAGGGAAGAAGGUGAAGUACUACAACAUGCCCUGGGGUGCUGGGGUCUCCAUGUGCCCUGGGCGUUUCUUUGCCACCAAUGAGCUGAAACAGUUUGUUUUCCUCAUGCUGGUUUAUUUUGAGUUUGAGCUGAAGAAUCCCGAUGAGACGAUACCUGAAAUUGACUUCAGUCGAUGGGGCUUUGGAUCGAUGCAACCCCAGAGAGACGUUGAGUUCCGAUACAGAGUCAGAUAUUAAACCAAUCAAUCGUUGUGAUUUCUCUUCUCUGUAAGCUGUUAGUAGACAGAUAUGUAGAAAUCAUGAGCUUCCACAGUAAAGUGUUCAUAUCAAUGAUGUGAUUCAAAGCUUGAUGCUUUAAAAUGUUGGUUAUAGUUAAAUUUUCAACCAUAUUCUAAUUAAGAACUACAAUCAAUUCCCUCCUAUACAGUACAAAUGCACUAUUAUUUUCUAUACGUUGAAGAGUUUAUUAUGAAUAUAUCUCUCUCUCCAUUCUGCUUGUAAAUCAGAGAGCAGUUCAAUCCAAUCAAGAACAAUUCAGUUAUCUUUGUAUAAACUAAUACCGUAUAUUGUUAUAAUAUUGUGAAUAUGACUGCUUCUUUGCGCAGCUGUUUUCCAGUAUGAUAUAAUUUUCUGUAAUGCUGCAUGUCCAAUGAAACACUGUUAAUUAUCAAAGUCUAGUAAUUCAUUCACGCAAGACCAUAACAAUGUGAUUACAGUCAGAGAAAAUUCAGAGUGUUGGAGACAUCUCAUUACAUGUGUACGGAGGGGUGAGAACUUAAAUGUCAAAAAGCAGAGAUGCCGUUACUUUGUUAAUACUGUAUUUCUGUUAGAUGGUCAUCAUGAUGGUAGUUGGGUAUCCUUAUUUCAAGUAAGUAAUCUGUUUUUUUGGGAUGUGCAUGCAUGGAAUGUCACUGGACUGGUUUCACUAGAAGGUCAUGGUUUGGUUUAGAUUCUUGUUAAGCUGUAAUAAAAAAAAUUUUUGGCAAAUGAGA